CACCAAUUUACAAAUCGAUUUCCUAAAUGUUGGUGUCAAACCGUAGCAAUUGUCUCUGAUUUGAUCUCGAGCAGCUUGUGAAUUCAGUUGUGUAUUUUGUUAUAUUACCUGUGCGGUUCUGAAUUCAACUAAGCCGAGUGUGUUUCUGUUGCUAAAUGGUGGCUUUGCCUGUUUCUUUGUAGCCAGCUCGGCUACUCCUUCUUUUUUCUGUGGCAGAAAGAAAGAAAGAAAGAAAGAUCGUGUGAGAGUUGCUUUCCCACCACUUGCCCCCUUUUUCUAUUUGAUUUUCUUAAGUGAAGGAGUCACUUUUUGUCUUCAACGCGAGUACUUUCGCCCUCCUCUGCUCAGCUGCUUCUCUCUCUCUCUCUCUCUCUCUCUCUCUCUCUCUCUCUCUCACACGCGCGCGCGCACGCAGGCAGGCGGGCACGCGCACGCAGGGGGCCGGUGGGCUGCAGCGGGCUCACUUGACUCCCCGGAGUUGGAUCGUCGCGCCGCGCGCAGCUGUCCGGCAGACGUUCAGAACUAGAACGUCCACAUCAGCUCUCCUACGCCGUUUUUUGUUUUGUUUUGUUUUUCUGUGUGUGUGCGCUUUGUUUGCUUUUGUGUGGGGGAAGCGGACGACGACUCGCUUCGCUUGCCGUGCACGAAAAAGACCGAGAACGGCUCACGGCUCACGGCUCACCUGGAGCAUGCGCGCGUGAGGGCGCGUGAGGGCGCAGCUCAAGUGGCUUCCGUGGAUCCGCACAAGACGGCUCGAGGUGCCGGCGGGAUUUGGCGGCUGCCCGCCGCGGACAUGUGGAAGUUUGCGGCGCUGUAGCGCGGCCAGAGAGUCCGAGCCCCCCGCCGGCGGUUGUUAAUCCGUCCCGCGUUCAGGAGCUGCCCGCGAUGUAAAUUUGGAACGUGCGGUUUCUGGAGGACGCUAUCCCGCUGAGUUCGCUGCGCGCUUCUGUUUCGGCUUUCUUUGGCCUCGCCGCAAUGCUGGGAUCCCUCCUGAAGCCCGUGGUGCUGAUCCUGGUCCUGGUCCUGGUCCCGGCCCCGGUCCCGGUCCUGGGCGCAGCCGGACAGCCGUGCCCGGCCGCGUGCUCCUGCACCGGGACGGCGGUGGACUGUCACGGCCAAGGGCUCCGCGGCGUGCCCCGGAACGUUCCCCGCAGCACCGAGAGACUGGAUCUGAACGCAAACAACCUGACGAAAAUCACCAAGGCCGAUUUUGCUGGCUUGAGGAAUCUGCGCGUGUUGCAGCUUAUGGAGAACAAAAUCAGCACAAUCGAGCGAGGAGCUUUCCAGGACCUGAAGGAACUGGAGAGACUGCGCCUGAAUCGGAAUAAUCUGGCUGUGUUUCCCGAGCUUCUCUUCCUGGGCACCACGAAGCUUCACAGACUUGACCUCAGCGAGAACCAGAUUCAAGGGGUGCCCAGGAAAGCCUUCAGGGGAGCUGUGGAAAUAAAGAAUCUCCAGCUGGACUACAACCACAUCGGCUGCAUCGAGGACGGCGCCUUCAGAGCCUUACGCGACCUGGAAGUGCUCACCCUCAACAACAACAACAUCAGCCGGCUGUCGGUGGCCAGUUUCAACCACAUGCCCAAGCUUCGGACCUUUCGCCUGCACUCCAACAACCUGCAAUGUGACUGCCACGUGGCCUGGCUGUCGGAGUGGCUGCGGCAGCGCCCCCGUCUGGGACUCUACACGCAAUGCAUGUCCCCGCCGCACUUGAGGGGGCACAAUGUUGCAGAAGUGCAGAAGAAGGAGUUUGUCUGCACAGGUUACCAGUCGUCGUCCUCGUCCUGCAGCGUGUUGCAGUGCCCCGAGUCGUGCACCUGCAGCAACAACAUUGUGGACUGCAGAGGCAAGAGUCUGACAGAAAUACCCACCAACCUCCCCGAAACCAUUACCGAGAUACGACUGGAGCAGAACGCCAUCAAGGUGAUUCCAGCCGGGGCUUUUUCUUCCUAUAAGAAACUGCGAAGAAUAGACUUGAGCAACAAUCAGAUUUCAGAGUUGGCUCCGGAUGCCUUCCAAGGUCUGCGGUCCCUCAACUCUCUAGUUCUGUAUGGCAAUAAAAUAACGGAGAUCUCCAAAGGGCUGCUCGAAGGGCUCUUUUCUCUGCAGCUGUUGUUGCUGAACGCGAAUAAGAUCGCGUGUCUGCGCGUGGACGCCUUUCAGGACCUCCACAAUCUCAACCUUCUCUCGCUGUAUGACAACAAGCUCCAGACCAUCGCCAAGGGAACCUUCUCAUCGCUGAGGGCCAUACAGACGCUUCAUUUAGCGCAAAACCCGUUCAUCUGCGACUGCCACCUGAAGUGGUUGGCGGACUACCUGCAGGACAAUCCCAUCGAGACCAGCGGCGCCCGCUGCACCAGCCCUCGGCGCCUCGCCAACAAACGAAUCGGGCAAAUCAAGAGCAAGAAGUUCCGCUGCUCAGCUAGAGAACAGUAUUUCAUCGCAGGAGUGCACCGUGUCGGCUGUACGGAGGAUCACCGCAGCAAGCUGGGAGGGGACUGCUUCGCCGACCUGGCCUGCCCGGAGAAGUGCCGCUGCGAGGGCACCACGGUGGACUGCUCCAACCAGAAGCUGACCAAAAUACCAGACCGCAUCCCUCAAUACGCCGCCGAACUGCGCCUGAACAACAAUGAAUUUACUGUGCUUGAGGCGACAGGGAUCUUCAAAAAGUUACCCCAGCUGAGGAAGAUUAACCUGAGUAAUAACCGCAUCGCCGACAUAGAGGAGGGCACUUUCGAAGGAGCUUCCGGGGUCAAUGAGCUCAUUUUGACCUCCAACAGAUUGGAAAAUGUACAUCAGCGCAUGCUGAAGGGACUCAGUGGCCUGCGCACACUCAUGCUCCGGAGCAACCGCAUCAGCUGCGUGAGCAACGGCAGCUUCGUGGGUCUGAGCUCCGUGCGUCUGCUGUCGCUCUACGACAACCAGAUCACCUCCAUGAACCCCGGCGCCUUCGACACGCUGCAUUCGCUCUCCACGCUCAACCUCCUGGCCAAUCCCUUCGACUGUAACUGUCAUCUGGCCUGGCUCGGCGAUUGGCUGAGGAGGAAGCGCAUCGUCACGGGCAACCCUCGCUGCCAGAGUCCUUACUUCCUGAAGGAGAUCCCCAUCCAGGAUGUGGCCGUCCAGGACUUUGCUUGUGAAGACGGGCGCGAGGACAACAGCUGCUCUCCGGCGCUGAGGUGCCCGGCGGAGUGCUCGUGCCUGGACACGGUGGUGCGCUGCAGCAACAAGGGACUCGCCGCUCUGCCCAGAGGCCUGCCCAAAGAAACCACUGAGCUGUAUCUGGAUGGGAACCACUUCACGCAGGUUCCUGUGGAGCUCUCCGAUUACAAACACUUGACACUCAUUGAUUUGAGUAACAACCAGAUCAGCACGUUGUCCAACCACAGCCUCAGUAACAUGUCCGAGCUGCUUACCCUAAUCCUGAGCUACAACCGUUUGCGGUGCAUACCGGUGAGGGCGUUCGACGGCCUCGAGUCUCUGCGUUUGCUGUCUCUGCAUGGAAAUGAUAUAUCGCUGAUACCAGAAGGAGCCUUCAAAGAUCUGUCAUCACUGUCACACUUGGCUCUGGGCGCCAACCCGCUGCACUGCGACUGCCACAUGCAGUGGUUGUCCGACUGGGUGAAGAGCGGCUACAAGGAGCCCGGCAUCGCCCGCUGCGCCGGGCCCGGCGACAUGAUCGACAAACUGCUGCUCACCACGCCGUCCAAGAAGUUCACCUGCACAGAAGUCCCGGGGCCUUGUGGUUUUCUGGUGCCAGGCCCGGUCGACAUCGGCAUCCAGGCGAAAUGCGAGCCGUGCCUGUCCGGCCCGUGCGAGAACGACGGCACGUGCUUCGAUGACCCGGUGCGCUACUACCGCUGCACCUGCCCCUACGGCUUUAAGGGCCAGAACUGCGAGGAACCCAUCCAUGCUUGCAUCAGUGACCCCUGCCAGAAUGGAGGAACUUGUCAUCUCAAGGAAGGCCAAGGCCCCAUUUUUUGGUGCGUGUGUCCCGAGGGCUUCGAGGGCGACUCUUGUGAGUUCAACAUCGACGACUGCGAAGACAACGACUGCGAGAACAACUCGACGUGCGUGGAUGGCGUCAACAACUACACGUGCAUGUGCUCACCGGAAUACACAGCUGCUACCAAUGAGGUGGAGAGAGGGGAGCUAUGUGAAGAGAAACUGGAUUUCUGUGCUCCCGAAUUGAACCCAUGUCAGCACGAUUCAAAGUGCAUUCUGACCCCUCAGGGAUACAAGUGUGAGUGCACCCCAGGUUACGUCGGCGAGCACUGUGAGCUGGACUACAACGACUGUGAUGAAAACAAGUGUCAGAAUGGCGCUCAGUGCAUUGACGCCAUCAACGGGUACACCUGCGUGUGUCCGGAGGGCUACAGCGGGUUAUUCUGCGACUCGUCCCCGCCGAUGGUCCUCCCUCGCACCAGCCCGUGCGACACCCACGACUGCCUCAACGGGGCGCAGUGCGUCGUCAUGGGAACAGACCCCCGCUGCCAAUGUCUCCGAGGCUACGAGGGGCAGCGCUGCGAGACGCUCGCCAGCGUCAACUUCGUCGACCGCCGCUCUUACCUGCAGCUUCCCUCCAAUCCGAUCUCACCGCGGACCAACAUUAGCCUGCAGAUGGCUACAGACGAGGACAGCGGAGUGUUGUUAUAUAAGGGGGAUAACGAUCACAUCGCUGUGGAGCUUUAUCGGGGACGCCUUCGGGUCAGCUACGAUACGGGCUCUUACCCUCCCUCGGCCAUCUACAGUGUGGAGACAGUGAACGACGGCGGUUUCCACGCGGUGGAGUUGCUCGCGGCGGAGCAGACUUUGUCUCUGUCCAUCGACGGCGGGGCGCCCAAAUCCAUCAACUCCAUCAGCAAACAGUCCACGCUCAACAUGGAUUCCCCGCUUUACCUGGGCGGGAUGCCGGAGCGCGCCUCGCCAUCCGGGGGGCUGUCGGCCUCGCAGCACAGCUCGGGCGGACCGAACGGCAGCAGCUUCCACGGCUGCCUCCGGAACCUCUACAUCAACGGCGAGCUGCGGGACCUCGGAGCGGGCGCCGGGGCCGCGCGGAGCCCCUCUCGACGGUGGCUCGGUCGAGGGGUGGAGCCGGGGUGCCGGCCCUGCCAGAGCGGCGCCUGCGUCCAGGGGGACUGCCGCCCGACUGGACAUCGGGGCUUUACCUGCGCCUGCCGCCCGGGCUGGACCGGCCCGCUCUGCGACCGGCGAGUCGACGACCCGUGCGACGGCAACAAGUGUAUUCACGGAACGUGCCUGGCCAUCAACUCCUACUCGUACUCCUGCCGCUGCCAGCCCGGAUUCGGCGGCGUUCUCUGUGACCAGCGGGACCGGGAAGCGGCCGAUCCCUGCGGCCCGUCUCGCUGUAAACACGGCAAAUGUCGAGUGUCGGGACUGGGCAAAGUGUACUGCGAGUGUGACAGCGGAUACGCCGGAGAGGCUUGCGAUAAAGAGGUGGCCUGCAGAGGGGAACGGGUCCGAGAUGUCUACCAGCGACAGCGAGGCUACGCGGCGUGCCAAACCCAGGAGAAGGUCUCCCGUCUAGAGUGCAGGGGCAGCUGCCCGGAGGCGGCGGACGGACACGGGGCCUGCUGCACCCCCCUCCGCAGCAAACGCAGGAAAUACACCUUCCAGUGCACUGACGGCUCCUCUUUUGUUCAGGAAGUGGAGAAAAUCGUUAAGUGUGGCUGUACAAAGUGUUCCGCAUAAUAAAAAAAAAAAGAAAAAAAAGAAAACAAACAAAAAAAAGACUUUACUCUUUGCAAGAUAUGUUUUGUGUACCCGCCCGCCUUACUUGCUUCCCAUCUCCUUCUUUGAGAUCCUGACAAAACCCCCCCAUCAGUUUUUAAAAAAAAAAAACCUGAAAAAAAAGAAACCACAGUUUCUUACCUCGUCAGUGCUGGACUGAUGAUCGACGCUUCCUCGGUGGGGAUGUUGAAUUGUAUUGUAAAGUACAAAAACAGACUUAUUUUUUAUUAAGAAGUGGAGAAAAAGAGAAAAAAAACAACAACAAAAAAAAAGGAGUUGACUUUUUCCUGGCAUCCGCUCGCUUCGGUCGCUCACGAUGACUCGGACGACUCGUCCGUCGACCGGAAGACUCGCCGAGCGUCCUCGGAGAGUCGAAGAGAAACCCGAAUCGCUCGAGGAGCACAAAAGAGACUGUACGCAAUCCUCCGAACAAUUUCAUACAGCUACUGAACGACACUCCCCCCCAGCCCCCCCCCCCCCCCCCCCCCCCUCCGCUAUUUGUCACCUUCCAGGUUCAAUACUCCCCGCUCAUGAGUAUUUAUUGUACCAUAAAUACCUGUACUUAUUAAGUAGAUUCUCCCCCAUGUAUCAAUUCUGAUUCUUUUAAUAUAUAUUAAUUUAUAUUUCUCCUUAUUUUUGUAUUAAAAAGACAUAAUAAUCUGUCAAGAUAGUUGAACUAACAUAACGGUGUCCUUUAUUGUUUGUCCGUCUGUUUGUGUUAUCGGAACGUUUUUGUGUGCUUGCCAGAGACCUCGGUUCCAUUUUGAUCUGCAAAUGUGAUGUAUAUUUUUUUUGCUCACGUUUCUUGAGAGUUUGUACUGUGCCAUUACCAGAAGGUCUUUAUAUUAGAGUAUACGAACCAUAGCGUUGACCCUAGCGGAUGCCUAGAACAGUUUUUACCUUUUUAACAACUGGAUGCUUCGAGGAUACUGUGACUUUUUCUAAAUGAAACUACUUUGUUAGCCCCUCGGUCUCCGAUGUUUAACAUGUCGCUGCUAUGUUUUUGUACCGUAGACUUGGACCCGAUCCGUACGUUCUAUAGAAUCUCCUGCUCCGACACCUUGUGGAACAGAUAAAUAUGUCCCCCACUGCUACACGUGUGCAUUGUGCUUUUUAGCUCCUGUCUCUGCCCCAGACUAAUGUCAGUUCCCUUGACUGAUGUUUGUUCAUUAAAACCAAUAUUUACCUCA